AUGGACGCGCAAGACUUCGAUUUUGAGGAUUUCACUGCCUUCGAGGGCGGCGCACCCGCCUCGGCGUUCUCGUCGCCGGCAAACCCGGCUUUCGACCUGAGCAGCUCCAUCCACAGCUCCAACAUGGGCACGGUCUCGCCACAGGACCUGCUCAUGAACGAGCCCUUCAUGUCGGCGCCGAACUCCACUGCACUCACUGCUCUGACUUCGCCUUCCAUCUACAAUGAAUCGCCGGAGUUCAACGACAGCUGCGACGUCUCUCCCAACUUUGGCAGCAACGACUUCGAGAGCGGCGACCACUGGUUCUCGCUCUUCCCGGACCAGACCCCGGUUGCGGCGGCCCCCGCCGCACCGGCGGUCGACCAGUCCCCUGCCACCAAGUCUGAUGAUUUUGAGACUGUCGAGAAGCCAGCUCCGCGACGCAAGCCCAGCAACUCCAACUCUCCCACUGGCCGCCACUCUUCUGUCUCGGGCGUUGGCUCCCGUCGUCGCGACAAGCCUCUGCCCCCCAUCAUUGUGGAAGACCCCAACGACACCGUCGCCAUGAAGCGAGCGCGGAACACCCUCGCCGCUCGCAAGUCUCGAGAGCGAAAGGCUGUCAAGUUCGAGGAGCUGGAGGAGAAGAUUAGGAAGCUAGAGGCUGAUCGCGACCACUGGAAGCAGGUCGCCAUCGCCCAUGGUGCAACACAAUAA